CAGCCAAUCAAGGCGGCCUAUGCAAAUAGGGCCCCUGUCGCCCCAGUAACCAUGAUGCACGGCAGCCAAUGGCAACCAGCAAGUUGCGGCCCUGCUCCCCGAUUGGGACUGAAGUAAGAAGAUAGAGACCCAAUGGGCUGUGGGAACGGUCCUCGGCGGGUUGAGGGGCGGGGAUAUGCAAAUAUGGUUUGAAAAGCCGGCGGGAAAUCUGAGUUUCGCGGGAGGACCUUGGCGCGUAAACCGUAUCCCUUCAUUCAUUGUCAGCAGCAGCUUCCUGGAGCCAUUUUUCAGCUGCCGGCCGCAGCACUCGGGCUGCCGCCGCCGCCUCGCAAUCCGUUGCAUCGGCCGCCCCCGACGCCUCCAUCCCCCCUCGGGGCCCGAUAUCCGUGCGGCCGGGACCCUCCUCUCUCCAGAGCCCCGAUUAUUUUUGGCCCCCGGGGCCCGUGCGGUGCGGAAAAAUAAAAAGAAAAGAGAGAGAAGGGGCUCGGAAGCGCCGGGCGGGGAGGAGAGAAGGCGGAGAGACUUGGAAACUCCGACUGCAAAUAAUAAAGAAAUUGAAAACAAUACAUUAAUAUACCAUAGCAAUAAAAAGAGCAGGAGCGAGAGAUGAGAAAGGGGAUCCAGCCCGCCCUGGAGCAGUACCUGGUGACCGCCGGGGGUGGGGAGGGGGCGGCUGUCGUCGCCGCCGCCGCUGCAGCCUCCAUGGACAAAAGGGCACUGCUAGCCAGCCCUGGCUUCCCCGCCGCCGCCGCCGCCGCUGCUGCCACCCCGGGCGCAUACAUCCAGAUCCUCACCACGAACACUUCCACCACCUCCUGUUCCUCCUCCCUCCAAAGCGGCGCCGUCGCCGCCGGCCCCCUCCUCCCCAGUGCCCCCGGCGCGGAGCAGACCGCUGGCAGCCUCCUCUACACCACGCCGCACGGACCCUCCAGCAGAGCCGGGCUGCUGCAGCAGCCACCAGCGCUGGGACGCGGCGGCAGCGGCGGCGGCGGCGGCCCUCCGGCAAAGCGAAGGCUGGAGCUAGGAGAAAGCGGUCAUCAGUACCUCUCAGAUGGUUUAAAAACCCCCAAGGGCAAAGGAAGAGCUGCACUACGAAGUCCAGAUAGUCCAAAAACUCCAAAAUCUCCCUCAGAAAAAACACGGUAUGAUACAUCACUUGGUCUGCUCACCAAGAAGUUCAUUCAGCUACUGAGCCAGUCACCUGAUGGGGUCUUGGAUUUGAACAAGGCAGCAGAGGUGCUGAAAGUGCAGAAGAGAAGGAUUUAUGACAUCACCAAUGUACUGGAAGGCAUCCACCUCAUUAAGAAGAAGUCUAAAAACAACGUGCAGUGGAUGGGCUGCAGUCUGUCUGAGGAUGGGGGCAUGCUGGCCCAGUGUCAAGGCCUGUCAAAGGAAGUGACCGAGCUCAGUCAGGAGGAGAAGAAAUUAGAUGAACUGAUCCAAAGCUGCACCCUGGACCUCAAACUGUUAACCGAGGAUUCAGAGAAUCAAAGGUUAGCUUAUGUUACAUAUCAAGAUAUUCGAAAAAUUAGUGGCCUUAAAGACCAAACUGUUAUAGUUGUGAAAGCCCCUCCAGAAACAAGACUUGAAGUGCCUGACCCAAUAGAGAGCCUACAAAUCCAUUUGGCAAGUACCCAAGGACCCAUUGAGGUUUAUUUGUGUCCAGAAGAGACUGAAACACACAGUCCAAUGAAAACAAACAACCAAGACCACAAUGGGAAUAUCCCUAAACCCUCUUCCAAAGACUUGGCUUCAACCAACUCAGGACAUAGUGAUUGCUCGAUUUCUAUGGCAAACCUUUCUCCUCUGGCCUCCCCAGCCAACCUUUUACAGCAGACUGAGGACCAAAUUCCUUCCAACCUAGAAGGACCAUUUGUGAACUUACUGCCUCCCCUGCUCCAAGAAGACUAUCUGCUCAGCCUUGGGGAAGAAGAAGGCAUCAGCGAUCUCUUUGAUGCUUAUGAUUUGGAAAAGCUCCCACUGGUGGAAGACUUUAUGUGUAGUUGAUUAUGCUUUGUGUGAACUCCCCUUAUAAACCAAUAUUUUUUUAUUAUGGAACCAGAACAUCUGUCAUGCAGUGUUGUCCCUUCCUACCUUCUUCCUCCAAGAUAGUAUCAUGAAGCAAACUACAAACUUCAGAACAAAGCUGACAUUUUAAUGAAUUAAAAAAAAAAAAUUGUCUAAACGCACAGUUGUGGGCUCCCUUGGGAAAGCCCUGCUUUGCCCCAGGCUCCAAAAUCUCCUGGAUGAGUCAGCAAGUGAGAAAAUGUGCAAUCAGGUGUCUCUCACCCGUCCUUUUCCUCCCUCCCUCCUGGAUUGGCUUGCUGUGCCUGACGGAUGGGCUGUAGAAUGGGGUCUGGCCACCUGGCCCACUCGAAAACAGCAAUCUUCCUUAAUAGCAUUUCAAGCCGUGCCUUCUCCGCAGAAUGCAUGUCUUUGGGGUCUGCUAAUAUGGAAUGGAACUGCAGGAACUGUAAACUUGAAGUCAUGCGAAAGUAUGAAAUGGAUUUCUUCAGCUCUUCUUAGGAAUAUUUAAAUUACUGUCAUAAUUCAGUUUAAGCUAUGGACCGUGUGUCCCACUAGGGGGUCAUGAGGACCUCCACAGCCUUUCGGAUGAAGAACCUGUUUUGAAAUAUUUGUUGCAGAUAAAUAGAGAUCUGCCACUCUAAGCUGUUGUGGAUUUUCCUGUCUCCAUAAACCACUUCCACUCCCCGUCCCCAACGUAUUUGUAAGUUUAAAGUUGAUUUGUAGCAAAUGCCUACUUAGGAUUUGUGGAUUGUUUCAGACUUUUCAUUUUUUUAGCCGCCAUCGAAGCAUUCCUGUGGCACCCAUCACCAUUUCAAUUUAAUUGUUUACUUUGAAGCCAUUUUUGCUAGUUCAAAUUAUUUAAGCAGAGGUAGAGAACCUCUACUGAUCAGACCAUCUAAACGUGUGUGAUCUAAGGUGAACAGCCUCUGCAAGAAGCAUUGCCCCAUCUUGCUUCCUUUCCUGGCAGGGGGAGCUUGGAGCGAGUCGAUUCUGAAGCUCGCUGACAUGGGUGGCCCAUUUGAAAUAGAACCAGGUCAGAUGACAUAGCAGUCCCAAGGAGCAGCAGGCGUGGAUCCCUCCGUCCUUGGGCUUCCGGCCCCCGUGACCGGGGAAAGGGCUCUCUUACACUGCACUCAGGGAGACCACUUCUCAGGAUGGGGUCAGAUGGAGAGGCCUCUAGAGAGAAAGACAUCCCCGUUGUUGUGUGAGUGGCAUUCACUUAAGCUGGUGAGAACGGGAGCUCCCACUGUGUUGGGGGCUGCCAUAGCAGAACCGUUCCCCUUGCUCUGUGAAGGAGUAAUUUGGACCAAGGGUAGUUGAGAUUCAGACAGUGAAGCGAUAGAAUGCCAGGCAUCUCCUGUUUUACUCUUCAGGAAGGGUGUCCCAAGUUAGAGGCUUCGUGUCAGCUGCAAAUCCUACCAGUUAUGUCCAAGAAUGGCCUUCCCAUUGGCCAGGGGAGAGGGUCAUCUCCCGCUGGGAAUGUGGCAUAGUACCUCAAAUCCAUUCCUUGGAUGCUAAAGACUGCGGGAAUGAGGGAGUCAUAGAAAAAAACAAACCUCAAAACGAACAGUUAAAUUGAAAUGCUACGUGCCUGACACAGUGGUGGGCACAUAGUAGGCACUCGAUUCGUGUGUUUAAUUGAAUUGAAAAUAUCCCUUAGGAAAAAUACAAAAGAAAACGAAAAACCACAGAAGCCCCAGCCAGUUUACUCUAGGUAGAUUUCCACAAUAUGCAAAGUGGUGGUGGGGUCAAAACAAAUGACACCAGCACUUUAAACUCUUUAUGUAGGUAUGCAUGGGUGUAUGUUUGGGAAGAAAAACAAAGGUGCAGAUUAUCCUCCUUUUUCUUCUUCGGCCUCCAACCCCAGCCUCCUCCCCUCACACACACUGGACUUGGUACAAAAUAUCCGUGUGGUCCAAGAUGAAGCAUUGGGGCGGGGGAGGGAUGGGGAGCUUUGUGUCAAGUGCCUACUGGAAAUGCACUGUGGGGUUUUUUCCUGUAUGGGAAACCAUUUUUGCCAAGCUUUUCCCCAUUUCCCAUAUUUAUCUCAUCUGGUUAGCUGCCUCUGCUUCCAGCUUUGUGUAAUUCUCUGCCAGCUGCACAAAGCUGAUUUUUUCCAAAGUCUCAAGACUGAGCUCACCUGGCUAGGUUGUUGUGUGUUUUGUUGAAUUUCUCGUUAAACCUUUACGUAAUGUAAUGCCGUAUUUAUUGUUUUAAAAAUGAAAGGAAUACUAAUAAGUCUUAAAAGUUCCUUCAUGCAUAACAUUUUUUCCAGUUAAUGGGCUUAACUGGCGUACAUUAAUUAGAUGUCCAUACUGUAUUCUGUUUGCAUUAGUCAUUUUCUUUUUGACAUAGUAUCUGGCACACAAAGUGGGUUAGUACUACAGUAUUUGUGUUACUUUAAGUACUAAGUAUGCAGGUUUCCUGGUACCAUUGAGUUGCUGCUAUUAAAGCUCACACAUGAAAUGGCUAAAAGUUACAAGUGUGCGAAUUAUGACUGCGUGAGCCUUAGAAAAUAAAAUGUAUAAAGGGCAACACAUGAGCUGUCAAACAGUGUUAGGUGUGUGUUUAUAUGUACAGAUUUGUGCAUAGCGAUCUUUUUAUUUAAGUUGAUAUGUAGUCUACUCACGUUUUCAUUAUCUAGCAAUUUUGUACAAAGAUAGCAAUUAAUUUGUAAACACUGCCAGAAUAUUUUCUAGCUGGUUUGUAAUUUUUUAAGAGUGUUAUUUUGUUUUUGUUUUCUGUUGUGGUUCUUGUUUUCAUUUUUGUUGUUAAGUGUAGAUCUGUAAAUAAAAUUGCAGUAUUUAAAGCUUUAGCUUUCAGGAAAAAGAAAGUUAAGAACUCAGUGUGUGCAUGACAACUCGUGUGUAUGAGAGGAAGGAUUUGAAGGAAGAUGUCUUGCAGAGUGAGUCAGGUGGCAAUUAUCAGAUUGUGGGAAUUUCUUUUCCUAUGGGGUACGUGAUUUUGUCAAAAGGAAGUAUUUCUCCCGAAAUUGGGAGUAGGCAAACUACUAAUCAGUUUAGCUUUGUGUUGUAUGCUAGUUCAAAAAAAAGAAAAUAUGUAAUAUAAUGUAAAAAAAAAAAAGCUUUUAUGAUGGAUUUUGUAAAUAGAUUUGUUACAGGGUAACCUGUUCCCUAGCUGUGAUCUUACCACUUCAAAUGGGUGUAAUUUGAAUAAAUUUUGUAUGGUAAAGGAUCAAUAAAAUCAUUUUUUUUUAAGAGUUCA